CUACAAAAAAGGCAAAAACGCAACACAAACAUGCAGACAAAUUUGUGAAGUUUACGGCGCGGAUGCUGUAAGUGAACGCAGAACGCAGGAGUGGUUUGUUCGAUUUCGUUCUGGAAAUUUUGAUGUCAAAGAUCGACCUCGCUCUGGUCGGCCAGUCACUGAAAAAGUCGAUGAAAUUUUGCAACUGGUCAAGCAAGACCGGCAUCUGAGCUGUCAGGAGAUAGCCAAUGCACUAAGAAUCAACCAUAUGACAGUUUGGAAUCAUUUGAAAAAGGCUGGCUACGCAAAGAAACUCGAUGUUUGGGUGUCACAUGAAUUAACGCAAAGAAAUUUGAUUGAUCGAAUUUCCAUCAGCGAAACACUACUAAAACACAACGAAAUCGAUCCAUUUCUGAAGCAAAUCAUCACAGGCGAUGAAAAAUGGGUGAAAUACAAGAAUAUUGUUCGUAAAAGAUCAUGGAAUAAGCACGGCGAACCACCACAAACGACUUCAAAGCCUGGAUUGAUGGCAAAUAAGGUGAUGCUGUGUGUAUGGUGGGAUUGGAAGGGAGUCGUCCAUCAUGAGGUGUUACCACAUGGCCUAACGAUUAAUUCAGAGCUCUACUGUUCACAACUGGAUAGAUUACAGGAAGCGAUUAAGGAAAAACGACCAGAAUUGAUUAACAGAAAAGGUGUUGUCUUCCAUCAUGACAACGCCAGACCACACACAUCUUUGAUGACGCGCCAAAAAUUGAGGGAGCUUGGUUGGGAAGUUUUGAUGCAUCCAUCGUAUAGCCCGGACCUUGCACCGUCUGACUACCAUUUGUUUCGAUCUCUGCAGAACUCUCUUGAUGGAAAAACAUUGGCCGACAAAAGAGCUGCCGAAAAUCAUUUGAAAAAGUUUUUCACAACACCGAAUAUUCAUGGUCAUGCUCAAUCGACACCCAACCUUGACAGUCAAACCUCACAUCCAAUAUUGACGAUCAACAUUGAAUUUUGA